AUGUUUAUUGGUACGAGUAGUAGUUCUAGUUCCAAUUUAAAAUUUACAAAUGGAACUUUCAAAAUUGUGCAAUUCACCGAUUUACAUUUUGGUGAAAACGAGUUCAAAGAUUCUCAAACAGUAGUUGGACAAGAUGUAAUUUUAGAUAUUGAAAAACCAAAUUUUGUUAUGUUAUCUGGUGAUAUGAUAAGUGGAUAUGGUCGUAGAUUCUUGGAUUCAACCUAUUACCAAAAGAUAUGGGAUCAAUUAACUGGUCCAAUGAGAAAAAAAAAUAUACCAUGGGCAAUUACAUUUGGAAAUCAUGAUGGUGAUGGUAUUUUCAGUAAUAAUCAACUGAUUGCUUUGGAUAUGAAAUACGAUCUAAGUGUAUCUACAGCUAGUCCGGUGAAUGUAAUUGGCAAUUCCAAUUAUGUCUUGGAGAUAUCCUCCUCGAAUUCCACGGAUUUGAACUCGUUGAUCUAUGUUUUCGAUAGUGACAAUAGACCUUGUAAUGAAUCCACUGGACCAUGGGGUUGCAUUCACCACACUCAAGUCGAGUGGUACAAGCAGACCUCGGAACGAUACAAACUGCCGGCAAUAGGAUUCGUCCAUGUUCCCCCAAUUGAAGUGUUGGAUCUCUGGAAUAACCAUAAUGUGUAUGGCGAGUUUGGAGAUAGUGGUUCGUGUUGCUACUACACGGAGGACACUCAAUUCAUUGAGGCAAUGAUUGAGCAACGUGAUAUCAAAGGUCUCUACUUUGGACACGACCAUGGCAACGACUUUCAUGGCGACUACUUUGGCAUUGAUUUGGGAUACGGGAGAAAGUCUGGCUACGGAUCAUAUCCUCCAAAGAACACAAUCGGUGCAAGAGUAAUAGAACUACAGGAAUCACCGUAUCUCAUUAACACUUGGAUCAGAAAUAUCAAAGGUGAGCGAGAAGAUCAACCAUUCCACAAACAAAAUAAUCAAGAGAGAGUACCAAGAUUUUGUUGUACAACCAAUGAUUCAAGAGAUUAUAAAAAUUGGGGAAUAUACCUUGGUAUUUGUGUUGAUGUAGUUUUAGAUGAUUGGGGUUUUCAAUUGAUUGGUAAUCGCGAUAGUAAUAUCAGUGAGACAUCGCCUUGGAAGGUAGAAUACUCCAAUUGCGACGGUAAAGAGUGUGUAGCUUUCUGUAAUAGCAAUAAGUGUGGUUCUUUGGAAGAUCAACUCAAUGGCUAUUACUAUGCGAUGUUUUCAAAUGUCGUAGAAAACUCGACACAAACAAUGUCACUCUCUCAGCAGUUUACCGUUACGCCAAUCGACAGUACAGAGUCACAGUACAUGCUCUACUACUCGUUGUCAUCGAAUACUCUAUUCCCCGACAGCUCCACAACCUUUAAUUUCAGUAUCUUGAUCAAUGGUGAUCUAGUUUCUUUCAAGAGUGAUUCGAUCUACAGUCAAGAACAUCAAUUGCCAGUUUCUCCAUUCAUCAACAACUCACCUUAUAUAUCGACAUUGGAGUUCGUAGUAACUUUUACAUCGAAUGGCAACGGUAAUAAUAAACAGGUAUUCAAUAUACUCUUGUCGGAUGUUGAUAUUAGGAGAGUUCCAGUUGAAGGAUCACCACCGCCACUACCAAGUGAUAUUUAUGUCGAUGUAAAGAGUGGUUCCGAUCUAACUGGAAAUGGUAGUAAAGCAUCGCCAUUCUCAUCGAUUGGCACUGCUCUAGAUUGGAUCCAACCUGGUCAAUCGAUAUACCUGGCGGAGGGAGUAUAUUGUGGUCAUUCAAUGAGUAGUGAUAUCGAUUUUUCAGUAACGAUCGUUGGUGUUUCCAGUGUCGCUACAAUCAUCGAUGGACAGUAUCAACUCAAGCCAUUUACAAUCACCGGUAGUAAUAUCGAAUUCUCGCUGGAGAACCUAGCAAUACGCAAUUGCUAUGCCGGUCUUUAUCAUCCAGGUGGUUCCGUUGUCUAUCUGGAUGGCGGUAACAACAGUGUUAGUUUUAACUAUGUUGAGAUCUAUGAUAAUCACGAUUUCUCGGAUAGAGGAACUAUCUAUGUUCUCGAUGGAUCAAACUCGCUGAGUCUUGCCAAUAGUCAACUUAGAAACAAUACAAACUCGCUGUCGAAACUUGUCAAUCCUUCCAUCAAUAUAAUAUCAACCAUUCUCUAUAUUUAUAAUUCAACGGUUGUUGGUGAGAUCAUCAAUGCCAACGUAGUUCCAAGCAUCCAGAUAGAAUCAUCGAAUUUCAGUAAAUCACCAACAAAAAGAGGUGAAAACACUUGUCUUUUCUCAGUGUUUAAAUCCGAUAUCACAGUUAUCAACAGUGGUUUCCAUCAAUUCGAAAAUAUGUUAUUCUGUCUUACAGAGACAACCAUCAAUUUCACCUCUACGGAAAUGAUAAACAUUACAAGUCCUGUACUUUAUAUGUCAUUGAGUAAUCUGACAUUUACCAACGGUACGAUAUUGUAUGGCGAACAUCAAAAUGGUGUCAUUUCAAUGUCAGAGUAUUCCAAUGCACUUUUCAGUCAAAUCAAAGUGAUUCCAUCGAAUUUGAAAUCGAAUCAAUCUCACGGAAUCAAGGUGUUUUAUUUGUUGGAUUCAAAUGUAAAAGUUGAACGAUCCUAUCUAAGAGUACACAAUGGAAAUUACCUAUUCUCUACGUUCGAAGGUCAACUUCAAAUCAUAAAUUCGACUGUCGACAAGUCCGAUGGCAUAAAUAUCCAGGCGACAAGAACCAGUGUUUCUUUGGUGGAUUCAAUAUUCUCCAAUAGCAGCUAUGAAUCCAAUCAGUUCGUUUUCUAUUCGAUCAAGAACGACCGAUUUGUACUGAUCAAGCGAUGUAUAUUUGACAAUAUUCAAGGUUAUAUUAGAUUGACAUCGGCCGAACUUAUCAUACUACAAACAAGAGUCAAUAGAGCUUACUCCUUGUUGGUUAGUGAUGGAGCUUCCUCAAUAAGCAUCUACGAGAGUAUCUUUACCAACUGUUCACAAGGUAUUAUAUCUUCCAAGUCACAGCUGCUCAUCUCCAACAGUAUUUUCAGGAGAAAUCAGGGUCCUCUCAUCCUUGGAAUCGGUCCAACCCAGAAUGAAAUCUACGACUCGACAUUCAUUGAGAAUCAUUCGGAGAUCGAUGGAUCCGUAUCGUAUUCCUCUGCUAACAGCAAGGUGCUCUAUACGAAUUGUUCGUUUUUCGAUAACUACGCAGAUGGCAACGGUGGAGUGAUGUCAGUGGAUACCGACACCACUCUACAGCUAACCAAUUGUCUCUUCCACAAUAAUAGUGCACUGAAGGGAGGUGGCGGCGCUAUCUACUUUGCAAAUCUAGUACCAGAGAUGGUUAAUUGUACGUUCACCGAUAACAUUGCAUUGUUUGGAUUCGAUGUAGCGUCGCAACCGAACCGACUGAUACUCUACGGUGAUUUCCCAGAGGUUUUUCAUUCGAACCAGACUCUAUUCACAGGUGUCAUCUCGAUUGGCGAUAUCCUCAAUCAAACUCUACCGUUGACACUCAAAGAGCAGACUAUCUACUUGCAGAUCGGUGGUGUUACCAUCGCAGAGUCAAAGCUAAACUAUGGAUAUGCGAAAUUCGAUUCGAUUCCACUGAUUGGUCAAGUAAACUCGAAUAGUUCAGUGUCGUUUGUCAGUAGUUUCUAUAUUAUACAACCAUUGAUUCUAGAGAAUUCAAUUAUUGCUCCAUGUCAGAGUGGUUCCUAUCCAACUUUUUCAUCUACCAUUUGCUCGAGUUGUCCCCAAGGAACUUAUGGAUUCGAUGGAAACAGUUGUGUUUCAUGUCCUGCCAAUGCCUAUUGUCCCGGUGGUGAAGAAAAAAUCAAUGUAUUCAUAAUGUUUGCCUGUAUUGCUGGAAUGAUAUUCAUUGUGUUUUGGUGUCAUCAAUCCGGAUCGAACAGUGGUUACAUGAAUAUCGUGGUGUACUUCACCCAAACCAUAAUGGUUCUCUCACAGGGUAUCAAUUUUAGUAUACUGUCAUUACUGAAUCUACAGCUUGAAAGUGGUGGAUCAUCGAUCUUCGGUACAAUCUGUCCUGGACCAUUCGAUUGGUACCAGCGGCAUUAUAUGACGUUCUAUGUUGGUCCAAUCUUGGUAUUCAUUUUAUUAUUAUAUUCAUUAUUAUUAUCUCUAUUUAAAUAUAUACAAUCAAGAUUUCAAAAACGAUUCGGAUAUUCUCGCAAAUUGGAAGAGAAAGAAGAAGAACAGUUAAAGCAAACCCAAGAGAAUGAUUCAUUAGUUGAACAAGCAACAACAACAACAAUGAUAAUACAAUCUCCAUUUAUUGCCAAUCAAUUCGGUGCAUUUAUAAGGAUCCUCUUAACAAUCUACUCACCGGUUUGUACAGCUGUAUUCUCGAUUUUCUUUUGUCAACAAUAUGGUGUUUCUCCAGAGGUUUUGGUAGCAGAUACUUCCGUUCAAUGUAAAGGUCACCAAUAUAGCACUGCCCUCAAAGUUAGUUAUGCUAUGUUGAUCUUUGUCAUUGGAAUGCCAUUGGUUAUCCUUCUACUGCUCGUGACCAACAAGACCAAGAAACAUGUAGAAAUAACCUAUGGUGUAUUCAUUCUAAAAUAUAAACCAAACUAUUACUAUUGGGAUGUGUUACUGCUAUUCAGACAGGAUUGGAUCAUCUUGGCCAGUUGUAUUGUUUUUGCAAUCUACUUUGCCUAUACUUUCUAUAAACACUACCGUACCGAGAUCAUUGAAAAACUCUCACAUUAUCUUUCAGUUGUAUCCAAUGGAAAGUAUGGUACAAGAAGAAACGAAUUGCCAGAAUCAUUAUCAUCAUCAUCAUCAUCAUCAUCAUCAUCAUCAUCAUCAUCAUCAUCAUCAUCAUCAUCAUCAUCAUCAUCAUCAUCAUCAUCAUCAUCAUACCAGACCUAUGUUUUAAAUAUUGUGUACAGGUUACAAUCUCAAGGUUAUAUGGUGGUUCCUAUAGUACGAGCGGAAACAGUGAAGAGCUUUCCUAUUGUUUCUGGAGUUCAAGUGUCAGCUUCCAACAGUUUUUCAGAUAUUUAUAUAGUCAGUUGUUUAGAGCAAAACAUCGAUAGAUGUUGUUUUGCUCUCACUUGUAAGAAACUCUUUAUAAAUAGAAAUCAUUACCUUGUAUUCAAUAGCGAUUCUCUCUACUUUGAAAAUGUAGAUAUAAAUCAUUUACAUCACUAUCAGAGAUAUACAACUAAGGUAUUCAAUUGUUUCAGAGAUCAAGUUGUAAAUACACUACUCUCUACCGAUGACUUCAAACAACAUCGAAUAUAUGAAAGAGAUGAACAAAAGAGAUUAGAUAAAUCAAUACCUUAUGAUAUAGAUGGAGAUGUUUUGAAAAUCAAUCAUAAUAUACAGAUAGAUCAUCGUUGUUUUCCACACAACUUGAGAGUUCUGGUGUUUGGUGAUGCAUUCAGUCAUGAGUUACCAAUACUCCCGUUCACUCUAGAGUCGUUGACUCUCGGGAGAUCGUUCAACAAUACAAUAAAGGUGGGUGUCUUACCAAAGUAUUUGAAGAGUUUAACAUUUGGAAUACAUUAUAAUCAACCGAUUGACAUCGAUGUCUUACCAGACAGUUUGGAAACCGUUGAAUUUGGAUUCGAUUUUGAUCAACCAUUGCUAGAGGGUGUUCUUCCAUUCUCAUUGAAAUCAUUGGUGUUUGCCGGCAAAUUCAAUCAACCGAAAGAAAACAUAUCGAUUCCAUCGUCAGUUGAAAAACUGUUGUUUGGAAAGUACUUUAAUCAACCGAUAACUUCGAUAGUGCCAAACUCUGUAAGAUACCUCAAACUAGGUGAACACUAUGAUCACCGAUUCAAAAUUGUCGACUUCCCAAACAAUCCUCUAAAGACUGUACCUUCACAUAUUGAACUGAUAUUAAUAUGUGACCAAGAGUAUUUUACCAUUCGUAGACUAGAUAAGAACUAUCUACUGAUAAUGUCAAACAAAAUAAUUGGUGGAAUUGCACACCAUUCACAACUAACAGGUUCAUGA